AUGUGCGAGCACAUUCCACGUCCAAUGAAAGAAGAACUUGAUGGAGGCUUAGCUGCUGAUGCGCCUUCAGCGAAAGUGGCCCGUUACCAAGCUUCAAACCCCACGGCAGUAUCUAGCAUUAGCGCAGCUAGCCCCAGUGUACCAUCAACCACGGCCAAGAGAACUCAGCCAUCUGUGGAGCAGGUCUCAAAGAAGGCUCGUCUAGACAACCAACCGUCAAGUUUCGAAGUUGAUGAAAAUGAGAGCUCGGAUGCAGGUGACAGUUACGAGGAUUCAGAUGCGUGGCUUGAUGGUAGCGUGAAUCUCGUUGAUGAGGAUGACCCCGGAUAUCUGCGCUGCAGUAACCGGGAGUUCGUCAGUAGUGAAGAUGCUCGUUUAGACGGUCCCGAGCUCCUGGACCUUCUCUCCGACAAGCCGAUCGAGACGGCGGAGGCUGAAGAUCAGUCACAAACACCUGGGCCAUCUUCACAAACAGCUGGUGGUGGUCCCAUAGCCUGGAAGUUCAAUUUUUCUCAAAUUCUGUAG